AUGCCUGCUUCCAACGCCCCCGCUUUCGACAAUGACACCAUCAUCGUAGUCCUCGGCGCUUCGGGUGAUCUCGCCAAAAAGAAGACCUUCCCGGCGCUCUUCAACCUCUUCCGUCUGGGCUUGCUGCCCAAGACCACACACAUCAUCGGCUAUGCACGCACCAAGAUGGACCGCGACACCUUCGCCGAAAAGGUGACCGGCCACCUCAAGAACGUCGAUGACGACCAAGGCAAGAAGGACGUCGACAGCUUCCUCAAGAUCUGCCAGUACAUCUCGGGCCAGUACGACGAGGACGAGUCGUUCCAGAACCUCAACAAGGAGAUGGAGCGCAUCGAGUCCGAAAAGAUGAAGCACGACGCUCCCAGCCGCCUCUUCUACAUGGCGCUGCCCCCCAACGUAUUCACCGUGGUGGCCAAGGGCCUCAAGAAGAACUGCUACUCGGACAAGGCCAACAACCGCAUCGUCAUCGAAAAGCCCUUUGGCAAGGACCUCGAGAGCAGCCGCGAGAUGAUCGGCGCGCUCAAGGGCCUCUGGAAGGAGGAGGAGACCUUCCGCAUCGACCACUACCUCGGAAAAGAGAUGGUCAAGAACCUGCUCAUCAUGCGCUUCGGCAACCCCUUCAUCGACGCCGGCCUCAACAACAAGCUCGUCGACAACGUCCAGAUCACCUUCAAGGAGCCCUUUGGCACCGAGGGCCGCGGCGGCUACUUUGACGAGUUUGGCAUCAUCCGCGACAUCCAGCAGAACCACCUCUCGCAGGUGCUCUCGCUGCUCGCCAUGGAGCGUCCCAAGUCCUUCUCCGCCGAGGACAUCCGCGACGAAAAGGUGCGCGUGCUCAAGGCCGUGCCCGCCAUCCAGGAGAAGGACGUGCUGAUCGGCCAGUACACCGCCGCCAACGGCAAGCCGGGCUACAAGGACGACGACACGGUGCCCAAGGACUCCAACUGCCCCACCUUCGCCGCCAUGGCGCUCUACGUCAACAACGAGCGCUGGAAGGGCGUCCCCUUCAUCCUCAAGGCGGGCAAGGCGCUCGACGAGGCCAAGGUGGUGAUCCGCGUGCAGUUCAAGGACACGCCGCAGGGCCUCUUCAAGGACAUCCCGCGCAACGAGCUCGUCAUCCGCAUCCAGCCCGACGAGGCCGUGUACCUCAAGAUGAACUCCAAGAAGCCCGGUCUCGAAAUGGCCACGCUGCCGGCCGACCUGGACCUGACGUACAAGGAGCGCUUCUCCGAGGUGCGCAUCCCCGAGGCGUACGAGGCGCUCAUCCUCGACGCGCUCAACGGCGACCACUCCAACUUUGUGCGCGACGACGAGCUCGACGUCUCGUGGGCCAUCUUCACGCCGCUCCUCCACGCAAUCGAUGCGGGCAAGAUCAAGAACGAGCCCUACGAGUACGGCAGUCGCGGGCCCGCCGCGCUCAACGACUUUAUCGCUCGCUACGGCUACCAGCGAACCAACGAGUCGUACGAGUGGCCCACCACCAACGUCAAGAAGGUCCAAGGAAAGAUGUAA